AUGCUGACUGGCUUCAUCAACAUCCUCAUGUCCUGUCUGGGCUUGCCAUGGAUGCAUGCUGCCUUCCCUCAUUCCUCCCUACACGCCCGUCAGCUGGCCGAACUGGAACAGCACGUAGAGAACGGACACCUCUACACGACUAUUGUCAGUGUGAAGGAGACACGUCUGACCUCGUUGGUGGCUAACAUCCUGAUCAGCUUGUCUGCAUUCAUGCUGCCCAUUCCUCUGCAGUGGAUCCCAAAACCCGUCCUCUACGGCCUCUUCCUCUACAUCGCAGCUACUUCGCUUGAUGGGAACCAGAUGGUGGACCGCAUGGCCCUGCUGCUUAAGGAACAGACCUCCUAUCCUCCCACCCACUACAUUCGGCGUGUGCCUCAGAGGAAGGUCCACUACUUCACCGGGUUGCAGAUGGUUCAGCUGGUGAUCCUGUGUGCGUUCAGGAUGUAUCCUCUGCCCUACAUGAAGAUGGUCUUCCCCCUCCUGAUGAUCCUGCUGGUCCCUGUCAGGACCAGCCUGCUUCCCAGAGUAAUCGACGCCAAGUAUCUGGAUAUCAUGGACGCCUAGCACAUGUAGAACAACCAUAUGAAAACAUUUGUUCUCGCCACUUGGAAGGGGAACAGACUCAGAAUUAAAUAAAAUGCAUUUGGACUCUAAGAUUUUGAUGACUAUUUACACCCAUCAUUUUUUUUUGUCACACUUUAAUA